AUGCCAAAAAUGCCCAUUUUAUGCAUUGAAGUCAAAGAAGCGCGGCUGCAGGGAUUUAGCAGUUCUGUCGCUGUACUUGUGGCACUGGACGUCAAUGGGGCGAAAUCUUUUACGCGAACGCUAACGGGCUGCAACCCCAUAUGGAACGAGGAGUUUUCGUAUGAACUCGACAGUGUGGAUGGGGGUGUACUUCUAGAGGUUCAGCUUAAGGGAUUUCUUCGCCGCCAAACCAUCGGAGCUUUCUACGUUCCUAUUAAGAAGGUUCGACAGGGUGCUGCAGCGGUGAGUGGUGACUGUCGUGGAAUUUCCCCCAAACUGCCUAAUCUGAUCCAAUGUGUUAAGGCGUUCCAACUGCGUCUCGAAUCCCAAACGCUAACAGGAACGGCGACAUUGGACAAAUUGAUGGAUAUGCAGGAUUUUAUGAACACCUUUAAUAGAAAAUUAAAUGAUGAGGAGUAUAAAUGA